AUGUGUUGCUGUUACGGCACCGAGUCACGGUUGUUCUUUCCUGAGAAAAAUAUCACAUUGUAUUGUGCUUCGAGGAAGAUUGGCCAUGAUUCUGGUAGUGAGAUCUCAGUGUUACCCCCUUCCCCUAAAGAUAAAAGAAAGUGUUGUGAAACAUUUGCCCUUUUAGCUGCCAACAACUCUAAAAUCCUUGCAUAUGGAUUUGUACACAGACAGUUGGACUUAGGUCUCCAGAAACCCUUCUCAUGGACAUUUGUGAUUGCUGAUGUAACUUCUCCUAUCAUCAGUGCUGACUUUUUGAAAUAUUUUAAUCUUGUUGAUUUGAAAAGGCAGUGUCUUAUAAAUCUUGAAACUUCAUUAUUUACUUAUGGCAAUGUUACUCACAAAAGCAACUUUCUAUUGUCACUGUUUCGGUUUAAUUCAGAUUAUGACUCCUUGCUUUUUGAGUUUCCAGAUAUAACAAAUCCUACUCUAAUUAAGCAGACUGUUCCUCAUAGCACAGUGCACCAUAUCUUGACCAGUAGACCACCUGUGACCUCAAAACCGAGACGACUACAUCCCAAGCUGCACGAAGCAGUGAAAUCUGAGUUCGAAUUCCUUCUGGAUCUAA